GGCUUGGUAAUACCGUGCCUUUACUGACUAGGCUAUGAGUCCCCAGUUGAUACGUAGUGACCAAAAAGAAGACGUGCCUCGAUUCAGAGCAAUUCAGUGCAAUAGUCGAGUAGUAGCCAUUGUCAGGAACACGGAGUGUUCCGGUGUGGUUCCAGUUUCGAUUUCAUCAGGCGUUGCAAUUCGCGAAAAUGAAUGAUCAUUUUUUGUGAAAUUCCUUAUAUGCACCAGAAGACGUUGCAACAUGAGAUUUUCAUAUUAGAUCGUGCAGUCCAUAUUAGAGCGUGCAAGCUAUAACAUCUCGUACAUCCCAAGUGAUAACAUAAAUUUUAAACAUGUGCAAUUGUGCCAACUUAUUCGCAUUUCGGCCAGACUACCGUUGUUCUCAUCAGUUCAUAUGUCUAAUUUGCUCGGAUUCGGGUGUACACAGCGAUUGCUUCGGAAACUGUCACAUGGGCCACCCGAAGCAACAGCUUGUUUCGGAUGAGCUUCUUUUGAGCAAAUACAGCUCUGUCGAAUGCUCGGAGAUCACGAUAUUCGGCUGUCCAUAUUGCGAUCGUCAGCAGCUGAGCAUAUCGACUCUGUACGACCACCUCACGCUGGAACAUCUAGAUGUGCCAUUCAACGUACGUUGUCCGAUUUGCGUGUGCUUCGGUGAAACCUACCCGAUGAUCGAAGAUAUCCAUCUGACGAAGCACCUCGUCGACGAGCACAGCGUUACCAAGGAGCUAUAUGAGGAACAAAUACUAGCUUACACCGCCUACCACGAUAACAAGAAUUUGCUCAAAUUUUACGCAUGCAUCCUCCCACCGACCUACUACGAUGGAGGAGUUACUACCAUAGAAAUGCCAACGAGUGGUGGAGGGAGCUCAAUAACGACAAGUGCUAACGUGCCAUCGUAAGUGUGGAGCAGUUUUCAAA